AUGUCGAUUGAGCAAGUCAUUCUUGGCCAAGAUGCCUUGAGCUUGGUGGACAGUUCCUCUUCUAACGACAAAGAAGGAACACUAUCAUCAGAUAUAUCAGCAAGUGAGAAUGGUUUAAAUUCCGAUUCUAAGGAUACUGAUGGAGCACUCCCAUUGGACUCAUCUACUUCGACCAACUCAGGCACGAAUACCAUCCUGACGGAAUUACACCCCUUUAACAGACUUCCCAAUGAACUGAAGUUGAUGAUUUUUGAGCAAGCAUUGCCUUCUUAUGACGCAAAACUCGUCAACUUCUUUUUCUGUCUCACCGAGAGAAUUAUCGACACAGAAAGCGACAUUUACGAGAUCUUGAUUCAUUCGGUACCUUCUACAGUUCCGGAUCUCUUGCCGCUGAUGCUAGCCUCGAAGAUGUCCAAGGAGGUUGUUCUUGCAGACGGGUUUGAGAGAAUCGCGGUUUCCAUUCCAGACCACCAGGACCAACAACAGAGAGAUUAUCUUCGGGACCAGGCAGAAGAGGAACCUUUCAUCGAUGACGAAUAUUUGGAGGACAUGAUUCAUCAGCGUACCUAUGCUUGGAUGCGCCCUUCCCAAGAUACAUUAAUGAUCCACGCCAAAAGUCUAAUGAAAUUGUACAAAAUUGGAGGUUCCAUGAAUCUCUCCAAUAUUAGCUACUUAGCUGUGCGAAUCGAAUCAAUGGAAUUCUCGACUAUGGCCCAGGAGGAUGUAACUAGUCUUCUCGAAUGGGUUUUCAUCUUCGUUGAAACGCACUGCCAAUCACUCAAGAAACUAAGCUUGAUUCUCGAGACUUUUACUUUUUCAAUAGGUGGCAUGUGUUAUGAUGAAAAAUCCGGACUUCUCGAUAUCGAUGAGAGGUUCUACGAAAGUGACUUCUUUGACGGUUCAGAUUUUGGUAACGGAGGUGGUGAAGGCCAUGGCAAGCAAUUUGGAAGAGAAGGGAUCUUUGGUCCAAACCAGAGAAUGAGACUCACUCAUUUUUCGAGUGCCAGGGAUGCGUAUUCUAAGAAAUUGGCCGAUCAAGAAAACAGAAUCGCAUAUUGGAAAAAUGUCGAGGUCGUCCAUGCAAUCGAAGCUGACCGUCCCAAAUCGGAUUACCCUUGGAUUUUUAUACCGGAGAUUUUAGCAUGGGUACCAAUCAAUGCUGAUGGGACGUUGAUGGGCAGAAUCAAGAAUGACGCACAGGAAUAA